UAAGGGCAGGUGGGCAGACCCAAAUUUCUUGCGCUUUACAGUUUUACAGAGGUCCAAAUCCUGCAUCUAGCCCUGUAGCAAGCGGGUGGGAGAGGAGGAAAGGGGAGGGGCUGCACUCGAUAGGUGCUGGCCCAGCCUCGACUGCCUGACGGAUCACCUUCCGCUCCAACAUGGCCAGUUCCCCCUCGCCAUGACUCAAGCCUAUUGUGCCAGGCAGGGCGCCCUCUGCCCCGCAGCCCUACAGGUGGUAUUGGUUCCUUGAGACGGUUCCCGUCAGGCUAGGCAGUGGAGCGCCGCACAGCGCGCCUUCCCACCUCCCAGCUGCAGCCCCAGCAAUUUCGACCCAGCGCCAGCAGGCCUGCUCGGUCGAUCUUCGAGCCGAAGAUGCGGCGAGGCUGGAAGAUGGCUCUGUCCGGGGGCCUGCGGUGCUGCCGCCGUGUACUUUCCUGGGUGCCAGUGCUCGUAAUCGUCCUCGUCGUGCUCUGGUCCUACUAUGCCUACGUCUUUGAACUCUGCCUGGUGACUGUUUUGAGCCCAGCAGAAAAAGUUUUCUACCUCAUAUUCUACCAUGCCAUCUUUGUGUUCUUUACCUGGACAUACUGGAAGUCUAUUUUCACACUCCCACAACAACCAAACCAGAAGUUUCACUUGUCCUAUACAGACAAGGAGCGCUAUGAAAAUGAAGAGAGACCUGAAGUCCAGAAGCAAAUUCUCGUUGACAUGGCCAAGAAGCUGCCAGUUUACACAAGAACUGGGAGUGGAGCUGUAAGAUUCUGUGACCGGUGCCAUUUGAUCAAGCCAGAUCGCUGCCACCACUGUUCUGUCUGUGCCAUGUGUGUAUUAAAAAUGGACCAUCACUGCCCUUGGGUUAAUAACUGCAUUGGAUUUUCAAACUACAAAUUCUUCCUUCAGUUCUUAGCUUAUUCUGUUCUCUACUGCCUGUACAUUGCUACAACAGUCUUCAGCUAUUUCAUCAAAUACUGGAGAGGGGAAUUGCCCAGUGUUCGCUCUAAGUUCCAUGUCCUUUUUCUCCUCUUUGUGGCCUGCAUGUUUUUUGUCAGCCUUGUGAUUCUCUUUGGUUACCAUUGUUGGCUUGUCAGCAGAAACAAAACCACCUUAGAGGCCUUCUGUACUCCAGUGUUUACAAGUGGCCCAGUGAAAAAUGGGUUCAACCUUGGCUUCAUCAAAAAUAUCCAGCAGGUGUUUGGAGAUAACAAGAAGUUCUGGUUAAUACCUAUUGGUUCCAGCCCUGGUGAUGGACACUCCUUCCCUAUAAGGUCUAUGAGUGAGUCUCAGAACCCACUGCUAGCAAAUGAAGAGCCCUGGGAGGACAAUGAGGAUGACAACCGAGAUUAUCCAGAAGGUUCAUCUCUAGCUGUGGAAACGGAAACAUAGCAGUUUUCACAUUUUUACUUCUCUCAGACAGGACCCUCUGUCUCCCAUGAGGCUUACAGAGUUCAUUGCUGGGAACCAUUCUGAUCACCAAAAUAAAUCACCAUGGUGGAUUGAAAGCUUCACAAUUUGAAAACAUUCCAUCUAAUACUUGCUGUGCAGAUAGAUGUUUCAGGACUGUACAAGUUAUUUAAUUUGCUGACUGAAUUCAUCAAUCUGGUAGUGAUUAAUUCAAGUCAGUCUUCCUCUCUUUCUUUAUUUCCCCCUCCCCAAUCUGUGAAACCCUAAAUAUAACAUAUAUAUCUUUCCAAAAGCUCUUUUCAUUCCUCUUGUCAAGUAAAGGGGAAUUCAAAAGACUUCCUUGGAGUCUUUAACUUCCCUUGAAAAACUAUUAAUCACAUCUGUACAGUCUUUGUGGUAUUGAUGGGAGUCAGUGUCCUGUGUAUUUAUAAGCAUGUAUAUGUGCAGCAUACUUACACAAAAUUCUGCUGUGGUGUAAAAAUCAGGGUUAAAACAAUUUGAGAUUUUUAUUUGAUCAUGCUUUUCCCUAAAUAACAAUUUAAAUAUUUGCUGAGCUGUGAACACCAUCCUGUAUCAGACACCUAAAUUCAAGAGAAAGAUUCAACACACUGUGACCAAGGUCCUAGAAUCGGGAAUUGAAAAACAAUGUAGAUUCUGUUCUCUGUCAUAGAUGUAUGAUGUUCCUGAAAGCACCACAGCUAAUAGAGAAGAUCAGAUCAGAUUUCCACUUUAUUAAACAUAUGGAUUGUUGUUUUAAAGACUUUUAAUGCUAGGCUAUGGUAAAAUUCUUCAAUUUUAUUAUUUUCUCUACUACCUAGCUUUAUUUUAGCCUUGAUUAAUUAUUCUUAUGAUGAAUGAAAAAUUAUAAGCCUAACUUAUUGCCCAAAGGGUUUUUUAAGGGGCUUAAGGAAGAUUUUCAGGUUUAAUUGCAAUACUGUUCAUAAGGAUAAAGUUUCACAGUUGAAAUUAGCCUAAAGAUUAGCACUGAAGAUCUGUGUUUUCAGAGCAGGGGUUAAUGUACAAAUAGUGAUAACCUAUUAGUAAUAUGCCAAUCCUUUCCUUUUUUUCUUUUUUUUAUAGCUUCAGUGAUAGCUCAGCUGUUACGAUAAUUUACAUCUGUUUAUGCAUUUAUUUAUAAUCAGUAUUUCUUUUAGUCCUACUGUCUGAAUCAAUAAGAUGGACACUAAUGCUGCUUCUUUAUAAUAAUACGUAAGAGUACUGAUGGCUUUCAUUUCUCAGCCAGUGCUAUAGGGCCCAGCUGCUGACAAUAGAAGUCUCAAUUCUGUUACAGAGAUCAGUGAGAGUUAGUGGCAUGUUACAGAUAUCAAGGAGUUGAGCUCCUAGAGGGAAGUUAGGUUUACUAAAUCAUCUCCCCUAAAACCUUUUUGAGGAAAGAUUUUGAGUAAAGAGUUGCCUGCCAUAAAUAAUUCAAUGUUCAGGAGCUGAGAAAGAGAGCAAUCUAGCUACUUAAAGCAGCAAAACAAUCUGUUUGUUCAUAUCCUCUAGGUAAUCUUGAUCAAGGUAAGACAUUCAGAAUAAAUUAAACAGAUUAUGUCCAGCAUUUCAUUUGAGAGAAUACUAGACAUAAUUGAAUCUUCUGGGGCCAAGGACUGUUUCUCAAACUCAGAUGCUAAGAAGCAGCCUUGAAGUCUACGGACACUGAGUUUCACAAUGAAAUCAUGUAUGUGUAGAUGGGAAUAUUUUCCCCUUCCCCUCCCCCUCCAAAAUACUCUCUUGUUCAGGUUUCUCUAGAAAGCUUGUUUAGUUUCCACAUGGUCUUAUGAUGGACAGACUUUGCCUUCUACUUAUGUAGAAAUGCACCUUUCUUUAAAGAUAGGGCCAUACUUACUUAACAGCAAAGUAGACCUCAAAGCAAUCUUUCCCUUUCCCACAUCUCAUUUCCUGCCAAGGGUAUAGGCAGAAUAGCUGCUAACUAUGAUUCAAAGUCAGGAAGGAAUCUUUGAUGCAUAGAGUAUAUAAGCACUUAACAAUAAUAGAAAUCAGGUCAUAAAAGACAGUGUCAGGAAAGGACAGGGCAGCACUGGAAGCUACAAAGCAAAGCUGAUUGUUUAAUGUCUUGCAGACACACACUGUCUUCAAAAGGCCAAAUAAAUCAGGGUUUUACGUGGGAUCUCAGAGAAAUAAAGAAACCCCAUUCCUAUCUCAGCACCUUUAUUCUUCUAGUUUAGAAUCUGCUAAUCUCCCUAUCCAUAGAUCAUUGAGUAUUGACUACCAUACAUAGGUGUCCCCCACAAUUGGUUGACUAUUGGUAAAGACAGAGAAGUUUGUUUGAUAACUGGUGUAUCCUGACCUAGCUCCUUUGCUUGCUUUCCCUUGGGGCCCUGUCUAACAACCUUGUGGAAUCUUCUUCUUCCCCAUUUGCAAAAUGAAGACACUCAUUGUUGGAAUCCUACAACUGAAGGGUGCUACGUAACUUUCUAGUGUUCUUUAUAUGUCUUUUAUUGCAGGAAAGAAAUGAAAAGUUUAACCAUAACAGUAUUUCUCAGCAAACCAGUAUGCCCCAUUCUUUCUUCCAUUCUCUCAUUGCUGAAUUGUUCUUGCAGAGCUUAGAGUACUUUAUUAAUAUUCUUCCAUUCAUUCCAACAAUGUCCUUGAAAGAGACAGAAUAUAAAUUAUUUUCUCCAUGGUAUAGCUGGAAAAUGUAAGGGCAAAAGAAAUGAAGUGCCCUCCAAAAAGACAUAGCUGCCUUAAGGCAGAACUCACAGUUAUCUUGUCCAGUGCACUGUCAGAAAUGACUUGGUUUCCCAGUACUGGAAUUACCAUGGAGCAGCUUAGAACACUGACAGCAAUUAGGGCAGGAUCACAUUUUAAGAGUCCCACUUUGUCUGAAAUCUGGAAGUAUGCAAUUUGUACAACUAUUAUUUUCUAUGUAAUAGAAAUGUAAUAUGUGCCUCUUCCCGACACUGGCCCCAUGUGGCACAUAUAUUUCAUACUACAUGGCAUUAUCCAGUGCCAUUAUCUCCUCUCACACCCAUAGAGCCCAAUCUCAGGGCUGUCUUUGCCAGGAAUGUGCUUCCCCAUGUUUAUGCCAAGUGGCACAAAGUAUAGACAUUGAGAUAAGUGGAGAUUUAAGUACAAUCCUAGCAGGUAUGUUUUAAGCAUAUUGAAUAUACAUUAUUGUAACGUGGACCUGAAAUUUAGCAUGGCCUAAAUUCACAGGAAUGUAACAGUCAUGCAAACCCCAUCCCUUUCACCUCUCAUCACACAUGUAUGUCUACAUGUAUGCACACACAUGCACUGCCCCCAAAGCUGGCUGUUUGAUCAUCAGAAGCAAAUACUUUAACGGAAUGGUCCUCUGUCCUCCUCUUUUAGAAAAAAAUCCAACAGUCACUGCAAGUGAAGAACAUUCCAUUUAUACAUUCUAGAACCUUUGCUCCCAGAGCAGCUAAGGUACUCAGUAGGUACAAAAGACAUGUUCUGUGCCUAUGAGGCACAGAGGGCAUCUAACAAGAUUGUUAGACCUUUCUACAAGUCCUACAUUCUUAGAAAAUUCAUGAGUUCCAUAGGAUUGGUAGGAAAUGGUUUAUGAGGUAUGGUACAUCUUUAACCAUAGCUGUACUGUGCCUAAUUAAAUUAUCUUUUUUUUGCAUGCAGGUGUUAUAUAAAAUACUAAUGGAUGGGUGGCUCCUAGUAGCAUGCAACCUAUGACUGUUUAUUUCCCUUAAAGGGCUAAGGCUGCAGUGUUCAAAACUAUUAAAUGUGCUCUUUGUAGCAGCCUAGUAUACGACCAUCAGCAGAAUGAGUUAAAACAGACAACAAAUGCAAUAUAUCAGAAAAUAGAUUCUUAGUAGAGAAUGGUAUUAAAGGGAAAAAACAACAUAAGAUGCAUUCAAGGAAUAAUUUCUGUCACCUUGCUGGCCAAAUCAGCAAGAGGACACAGCAAGAAAACUGGCACUGGGUCUUGGUAAUAUAUGAAAUGUAUUGGAGAGACAGAAAAAGAAAGGCAGUGGGGAACCUCUUCAGUUAAGCUUAAGUUGCCGAUUUACUACAAAUCCUUUUUUCCACCAAUCUGUUCAAAGUGAUUGUAUAUAAUAUUCUUAAAACCAUGUGUCUUGCUACAGAAAUAUCCACAAAUACUGACCAACUUUAUCUCCCUGUAUUUUUUAUUAAAAGUAUAUGCAUAAAAUUGUCACUUAUAUAUUAUGGUUUUGUUAAACAAUAUUAGUAAAGCCUAAAAUUUCAGACCACUUUGAUGGAAAUUUCUAUACAUCUCAUUUUAUGGGUAUAUAGUGGAGUUUAUUCACUCCUAGGUUGAUUGGUAUGUGUGACAUGUAGACUUCUCUGUAACAUAUCUUCCCAAAAAAACCCUCCCUGUAAUCAGUAUUUCUUUCUUAUGUUCUUACAUGUAUGUGAGUUGGGAUAUUAGCAGCAAUGGUUUUUAGAUAGAAAGCUGACUAGUCUAAUGGUACUUAAUCAUGUUCAUUUUCUGCUCAGCCUUACACAUCUCUUGCCUUUCCCUCUGUUAUUACAAUAAAUAAAAUGUAAAAGAAAGAAAGAAUGUAUGUGCCUAAGGGCCAUAUGAACUCUGGUUUGCUUUUUUCUUCACUGAAGACU